UAAAACUUGUUUUGUGAAUAGCUUUUAAGCAAAAACUCUUAGUUAGGAACACUUUGGAGAACUCUUAGUGGUAAGAUAAAAAUCUUUGUAAAUACGGGCCCAGGUUAGAGGACGAUAUCUUGUCUUCUCUCAUCAUCUGGCGCGUGUGUUCUCCGCUGCUGCGGGGGUCGCUGGUGUGUGUUGUGUUCACGGUAAACAGGAGGGAGUUCCGGUGAAUAUCGAAUUCUGCUAGCUCUCCUGCUCGUCGAUGAAUUUUGUUGGUAAUUUGAGCAAAUGGACAUGUAGGAUGGAUUUGGACCUCGGGAACAAACUGCCCCAAGCUCUGUCAUCUAACGCUAAACUGCCCCAGUCUCUCUCCACUAGCGCGAAAUUUCUGCCCACAAGACCGUUUCAGCGCUUCGGGCGUCCUGUUGGGGUGAAAGUCAAAGAGGAAGACGAGAGUGUGGAAGAUUUUUUUCAUUUCGCUCAGCAUCUUCAGCAGCAGACGGGAGAGUGUCUAACGGCUUGUUGUGGCGCCGUGAAUCCUAAAGGUUUGUCUCUCUCAGACGCACCCAAACUCGACAGCAGACUGCCAGCGGUCCGACCAUACCACUGCCAGGAUUGUGGCAAAUACUUCAGAAUUAACGACAUCAAGAGACAUCAGAGAAUCCACAGUGGAGAGAAACCAUUCCCUUGCUUUCAGUGCAGGAAGAAUUUCCCCACAUCGGGCGACCUGAAAAGGCACGAGCGGAUCCACUCGGGAGAGCGCCCUUACCACUGUCUGCAGUGCGGCAAGAAUUUCUCAGAUUCGGGGCAUCUGAAGCAGCACGAAAGAAUGCACACGGGCGAGAGGCCAUACCAGUGCCCUCAGUGUGCCAAGCGCUUUUACAGGUCAGGUGACCUCAAGCGGCACUUGAGAAUCCACAGCGGCGAGCGGCCGUACAAAUGCCUCCAGUGCGGCAAGUCCUUCUCCGAUUCGGGACACUUGAGGGGCCAUCAGCGCAUUCACACAGGUGAGAGACCGCACCACUGCACCUUGUGCGAGAAAAGCUUCUUUCGAUCUGGCGAUCUCAAGAGACAUCACAGGACGCACACUGGCGAGAGACCAUACCAGUGCUUCCAGUGCGGGAAGAGCUUCUCCGAGUCGGGACACCUGAAGGAACACCGGCGGAUCCACACCGGAGAGAAACCGUACCAUUGCAACCAGUGUGACAAGAGCUUCUCCAGACUGGAGCGUCUGAAGGGUCACCAGAGCAUCCACACGGGUGAGAGGCCCUUCCACUGUGCGCAGUGUGGCAAGAACUUCUUCCGUUCCGGAGAACUGAAGAGGCAUCAGAGGAUCCAUAACGGCGACAGUGUGUAAACGCUCCCGGUUUUGGUCAUGUGAUCGACGUUAAUGUCACUCUUCUGAUUUUACUGGCUUUCGCCCACAGGAUCUUCAUUGUAAAGGGCUUCAGAUGUGCCUUCAUAUACGUUGAUGAAGACUGGUGGCCGUUUCUGAAUGGUGAAGGUUCAUGUGGAGGACUGUUUUUUUUUUUUACCAUCUGCUAAUACUCAAUAGAGAGCAGAUUAUGACAUGAUCUGUGUGCAUUGAUAUAAGUCUCUGCACCCGUGACUUCUGAAGUGCUACCUCUGCUCACCUUCAGCUCCUCUUGUGUUCAACUUCAGUUUGUGAAUAAAGCACCCCACACAUCUCUGAUUUCACCUAUACUCCCAUCAUGUGGGCUGUUGUAAUUAUUUACAAUGUAUGUGUGUUAUAGUGAGAUCUGUUGUCAAAUGACUCGUUAGAUCUGUAUGCUGUACAGGAGAUUAUUAUUGUGUAUGCUCACAUUCCCUGUAUUUAAUGAAUCUCAAAGUAUUUUGUCAUUUAUUUUAUAAACCUGAAUGAUAUUUUUGAUGUCAUUAUGCUGAAGCCUUUGAUUAGACAAACGUUUCUGUAAACACACAUCAUGGUCAUUUGGAUAGUUUCACCCACUCAACUUUGGCCAUGUACAGUACAAGCUGCUGUGAAUCAUGUAUUUGAUACAUGAUACACUGUUCUUGUUAAAUAUACUUUUUGUCUAAAAUAUCACAUCUGUCAUGAAAGUUAUACAGUAUAUAAGUGCUCUAACAAAUGAAACAGCUUUAUAUGAUCAGUUUGAGCACUAUUAUGUAUUAAUAUGAGCUUUCUUAUGAAUCAUGUUUAGAUUUAGUUUUUAUCCUUUUAUGAAACUCAUUUCACAAAUUUAUAAAUUGCUUAUCUCUUUUUAUUCUCUCUGUAUGUGUGUUUAAGUUUGUAAGGGUUUUAAUAAAGCACACAGUAACAGUU